AUUCUGCACCGGGAUAAGUCGUUAAGAGUGACUGGGGGAGUAGAGCCCAGGCUAGGGACAACGCUGUUAGCAUUUCUCAGAUACCGGUUUCUGCAGGACCUACUGCGAUUUUUGUGUGUGGGACCACAAGCCACGUUUUAAAAGGACUUUCUCGUGCACCCGAUCUCUGAGAGGCGUCUUUCCUAAUCCGGUUGGCAACGGCAAACGUUUGAUGAAGAAACUGGUGGUGCAACCAGUGGAUCCCUCUACAAGAAAAAGAGAGCUAGGUUCGGGACAGGCGUGUAAUCGCCUUGUUGGCGGUGACUGAGAAAGAAAGGAGUUUGAAAUCCCAACAUUGGUUUCGGAUCUGGUUUCAGGUCAAAAUGAUAUUACAUUUAAAACAUAUCCUGUGGAUAUGCUCCACGUGGACAAUUGUAUCAUCAGUGCACUCAGCACACGACAGGAUGAUGAGAAUGAAGAUUAAGAGGAGCUCCCAUGUAAAAGGCUCCCUUUCUAGCUUUGUGUCUCUUCCAUGCCACUAUUCAAUGCUGGCCACACCUUCACCAUCCAACCAUUCUUUCCAGGAGUUUCCUCGCAUUAAGUGGACAAAAAUAGAGGAAGGAAAAGAUGGAAGGAUCAAAAAAGAAACCUUAAUUCUGGUGGCACAAAACGGUGUGAUAAAAAUUGCUGCUGACUAUGAUGGUAGAGUGGCAGUGCCCCAACAUCCUGAGAGUCUGAGCGAUGCAACACUAACCAUUUGUCGACUGCGAGCAAGUGAUACUGGUCUUUACCGCUGUGAGGUAAUGAUCGGCAUUGAAGAUGAGCAAGACACUGUCUCAUUAGAUGUUACUGGUGUCAUAUUCCAUUAUCGGGCAGCAGCCAGCAGGUAUUCACUGAACUUUGAGAUGGCUAAACAAGUCUGUCAGGAUAAUAGUGCAACGAUUGCAACCCCUGAACAGAUUCAGGCCUCGUAUGAAGAUGGGUUUGAUCAGUGUGAUGCUGGCUGGCUUUCUGAUCGAAGUGUCAGAUACCCAAUCACCAAGCCAAGACCUGGCUGCUAUGGAGAUAAAAGGGGGCAACCAGGUGUCAGAACGUAUGGAAUACGAGACCCCAGUGAGACAUACGAUGUUUACUGUUAUGUGGGAGACACAAAUGGGUUUGUGUUCCAUGUGUCAGCACCAGGAAAGAUGACAUUUGCUCAAUCACAGCGGGAGUGCAAGCGUAGGAACGCACAGUUAGCCACAACUGGCCAGUUACAUGCUGCGUGGAAGCAAGGUCUGGAUCGCUGCGACUAUGGCUGGCUGGCAGAUGGCAGUGUACGUUAUCCUAUUGUCUAUGCCAGGAGUCAGUGUGGAGGGGGCCUUGUUGGAGUGAGGACCAAGUAUCGAUAUGACAACAGAACUGGAUUUCCAGAUCCUAAUACGAAGUUUGAUGCCUACUGCUUCCGAGGUAGGCCUGUAAAGAAAACAACACCACAAAUAGCUUCGGGCUUAAAGGCAGUGCAUCAAGCUGCAACUAAUCUGACUGUUCAGAAGGUAGAACCACCUGUCACAUUCGCUGUUGAAGGUUAUAAUCAAAGCAGGAGUCUUGAUUCAAAGCCUUUUCAAGAAAAAGUUCAGAUAAGUGCUCAUUUAGCCACUGAGCCUACAUCAAGUGCUGUAGUGACUACUGAGAUUCAUCCUGUGAAAAUUGAUAUCAUCAAACUUGGGGAUGAAGUUUUCACACAAAGCCACAGUGUAAUUCCAAGUAUUAAAGCAAGGCCUAGUGAUGAAACCACUGUAAAAACAUCAGUAGAACAAAGUACAAGAACUGAGAUACCUGCAGUUGUACACAGUGUGCAAAUUCCAGUUGAAGAAAGUGAAAGCCGUGUCGUUGGACAUGUUGAAGACUUGAGUAGGUAUAUAGUCAUAGAGACAGCGACUUUAGCUGCCCCCUUUGGACCAUCAAUUACAAGAGAAAUUCAAAGUACAAGUACCCCUGCCCAAAAGGAAGAAAAAAUUCAACCUAGCACACAAACCACAUUGUUAGCAGAAAUGGAUAUUGUAACGGGUGAGGAUGAUAAGCUGAAAUUAUCUGUAGCUGCCAGCACUGUGAGAAUGGAAAGUUCAGAAAAAGACUCCCAAACUAUUAGACAACAAGAGAUCAAGGAAACCACCAGCAGCACAACACUGGCAACAAUUGAUACUGUAAAAAUAACAGUAGAACACGCAAGUGAGAUUACUCAGCCAGUGGAGGGAGAGGAUGACAGGACAAUGUUUUCAGUGGAAACCACAUCAUUGCCAACCACUGGUAAAUGGCAACUAACCGAAGAAGCACACAUCACGGGCGUUUCAGUGUCUCAUUCAGAGAUUGAGGGACAAAAGCUGGAAACUGAAAAAGAGACUGAGAAAAUAACUGAAACUGCUACUGUUACAGGAGCUAGCAUUAGUGAACUAGAUUUGACAUAUAAGGAUGGAGUGAAGAUUGGAGAUGGUGAGAAAAUACAAGAUAAAGGUGAUGAGAAAUUCAUUAUGUCAUCAGUAGUACCAGUUUUAAUGGUACAUGAAGCAGUGUCUGCUGAACAUGAUACUGGAACAGAUUUGACCCCAAUGGUAACCGAUGACCUCAGUUUUGAACCAAAGAAAGAACAGGGCAUCAAGAAAGAGGUGGGUACCUCCACACAAGAUACUGGCAUCAUUACAAUCCAAUCCAUAACAACUGAAGAGAAAGAAACCAAGCAUAUUGAAAAAGUUACCUUGGCAACAACUGUGUCAGGAAUCAGCUCAGCAACUGCUAUACCUGUAACUGGUACUGUUGUAGCCCCAGGAACUAUAAGAGAAAAAACAGCUGAGCCAGGGACCAUUAAAGCCGAUGCAGAAACUAUUUUACCAUACGCUUUUUCUACAAUAAAACCAACAGUCUCUGUACCUACAAAAGUGAGCUUUGCUGAAUCUGAAGGAACUUCCGUUUCAUUACCACACACCAGUAAAAUAGAUAAGGCUGAGCCACAUUUGGAAGUUGAACCCUUUUCUUCAGAAAUAGUGUCCAGCAGAGCUUUUGAAGACACAGACAUUAAGGCUAUUCAUACUGAGUCAACUAAGUUAAUUGAAAGGUCAACAGUCCAAUCAGCCACGUUAGAACCUCAACAGGUUACUUUACUGUCCACUUUUUAUCACACAAUUAGCACUCCAGAAAGCAUCAUGGAAGUUUCAUCAACAAAAUAUAUAGGUAAAGGCCCCAAGGAUGAAGAUUUGACUUCUUAUCAAAGUAAGGUCAUUCAGGCAGUGGCACAGUCAACAAAGCCUGACCAGAUAGAGGAAACUACCACCUCUGAUAUAUUAUCUUUGGGGAUUUCCACAAUAAAGGAUUUACAUGAGAGCAGUACGUAUGAGUCCAGUGGACUUGGAGAGCCAAUCAUAACUGAAGGUCCAUUGAUUCAGGAAAUUCAGACAACCCCAGAUGCAGAUAGAGAACCAGAAAGUGGCACAAAAUAUUUCGAUCAGGUAGCUUCUGUAAGUCAUCAAACAGAUGCAUACAAGGAAAAGGAACCAGAAUAUGGCACAAGCCAGUUGGGAAAAGACCACACUGUUACAAGCUCUAAAGUGGAACCAGAUGUUUCAACUGUUGAACCUGAUAGAAAAGUGGAUAUGACAACUCGGUUACCAAAGGAUGAGUCCACAUCUUCUUUUGCACCAGAACCAGUCACCACUGUUCUGAGUUCUCAAACAAAAGUUAUUGAGGAAAGUCAGAAAAUCCACUUCUCUGUAUUUGAUCAGAAAAUAACAUUUGAGACUCCGGAAGUCUCAGCAACGGGGGAAAAAAAUGACACAUAUGACAUAGUUGCAACCAUACAAACAUCAGAAGCAAAAAGUGAAGGUCAUAUUACUACAAUGAUAGAUCCACAGAAAACAGCAAAAACUAAAUUGGUGUCUGUGGAUGAAACUCACCCAGUAGGACCAAUACAUUUAGAUUAUGAGGCCACAAAAGUUGCGCCCAUAGCUACUCUCUCAAAUACAGUGUCACUUACUGAAAGUUCCACAGUGGCAAGCCCCCAGGAAAAGCUAGAAAUGAGCACUGUUGAAAGGAUUACAGUUGAACAUGUGAGCAAGGAAGAUAGCACAUUGAGAAAGAGCACUGAAUUACGUACAACCACCCCAUCAACAUCAACAUUUCCUGCUAAGGUUGAGGAUAAGCCAGAGCAAGCAACAUCCCACCAUCCUGUCUUAACACAGGAGGCCGUUUUAACCCCUGAGAUUGAAACAAGCAUUUUUGUAAAAUACCCCACUUCAGAUGAUGUUGAGAGGACCCCUGAUAAAGUAAGCUCUGUAAUAAUUACUGAAAUGCCUAAAAUUACAGAAAUGCCUAAAUUGGAACAAGAAAUUUCCACUUUCCAGAAUGAAUCAGUUUUUAUUUCCCCACCCAUUUCAAUAGAAAAAACAGAGGCUACAGAAGAGCCCACAGCUAUACAGAAAGAAAACAUAACACGCUAUCAAACCACAGGAUCUACAGAUAUUAAAACAGAAACCUCUGCACCCUUCACCACAGCACAGAUUAACAUAACCUCAAUGGUACCUAAAAUGUUGUCAACAGUCACAGCUCCAUCGGCUGAAAUUAGACCUGGUACAGGUACUUCUACGACUGAACGUGAACUAAAAACCUCUGUGAAACCUAAGCAUUUUGAAACGAUUAUAACUCCAAUUAUUAUUGAAAAUGAGCCUGGUGAGACAACAGCCGAAGAGACUGUAAUUAUUGGUGAAUCAGCUACACUGCCUCCCGAUAUCUUGGAGGUUGAUAUGACUAGCAAAGUAUCACAACCGGAAAUCGAUGACGAAUAUUUCACCACACCAUCAUCCAGAACAAAAUUGGCAUCGACAACCUUUAAACCUUCUCUUGCAUACUCUAAAGCUGCUCAAAAGGCUGUGGAAGGUUCAACAUUUUCCACUGUUUCAUCAUCAACCACGGCUUCCCCAACUCCAGUAGAUAGCGAGGAGCAGCAGAAGCCUCUGACUAUUGAAGAAAAGUUAAUUGCUAAUAUUACAGCGCAGAAAACACCAACCGACCAAGGGCUUGAACCAGGAGAACUCGAAGAUGACAAAACUACUUCGACCAAAUCAAUUCCAAUCUCACACAAUCAAUCAACUGAAGAUGUGGCAAUGGGUUCCAAGAUUAAUCUCAUACACAUUCACAUUGCUGUGUCAGAGGAUGAUGGAGCAGAAAGCAGUGGAGGAUUUAGCUUGCCUUCAUUUCUAUCUGAAUCACAAGCAGUAACAGCAGCUACAACAGAGGAUGUCCCUCCAUCACUCAGCUUUAUUAGUGGGAAGAGCCAGAUGGAAUUUGACCCCCCCUAUAAGAAACUAAAUGGGGAGGAAGCAAAGGCAGGCCAACUAGAAAGUGCAUCACCCACCAUAAGAGCAAUACAAGAUGUGGAUAUUACAAAAAAACACAAUGAUAGUAAGACUCGUUUAAUGACUGAAAGUGGAAUUGCUGGAACACAGGAACUAGGAAUUUCUACUGAGCGACUGAAAAUAGUUCCUACUGGUAAUGAAACUGAAGUUCUAGGAGUUACAAAAGACCCAAUAAAAAUUCAUUCGGCGGUGGAAGAUGGAGAACACUGGAUCAUCUCAUCAGCCACACAGGGUGCCCAAUCUACCAGAGAUACUCAAGAAGAACCACAAGUUCCUCCAUUUUCAAAAGUUGAGAGCACUGGUGAAGGGAUAUUUACCAUCAAACAACCAGGUCGCCCAGAUCCAGAUGUUUCUACUUUAGAAAUGAGCAGCCAUGUUGUUCCAGUGACAAGUAGAAUCUCAUUGAGUGGGAAACCUCUUCAUACAGAUGUUACAGCUCCACAGGAUGGAGAGGCUGGAUUAUCCACACCUGCAUUACCGGAGACAGAUAAAUCAUUGUUACAAGUACCUACACAGCUGGUAGACAAAUCUGCAGCUACAAUUUUGGUUGGUCAGGAGAAAACUGUUGAUACAUUAGUUUCAGUCACAACAAAAGCAAUGCAUGUGAGAGUUCCCCAUGUCACCGUUACACCAGCAACUGAACAAAAUUCUCAAGAAUCCACAUCAGAAGCAACAAAAAUGAUCACAGAGAUUGAAGAGCUGCCAGGAGAGAAUAUGGAGCCUUCUGAAAAAUCCCCAACAAUCGAUGAAACCACAAAAAUGGAGAAAGAUUUGCAGGAACAAACAGCGUUCACAUAUAUUGAGAGUUCUGGUGAAGAGAUAUUUACCAUCCAAGAACCAGUCAGGCCAGUUCCAGAUGUUUCUACUUUAGAUGUGAGCAGCCAUGUAAUUACAGUGACGAGCAAAAUUUCACUGGAUGGGAAACCUCUUCAUACAGAUGUUAUAGUUGCACAUGACGGAGAAGCUGGAUUAUCCACAACAGGAUUACCGGAGACAAAAGCAGAAACAGAAAAAUUGUCAGUAAAAGAACCUACACAACCGGCAGAUAAACCUUCAGCUACAAUUUUAAUUGAUGAGAAGAAACCUGUUGAUACACUAGUUUCAGUCACAACAAAAACAAUGGAUGUGAAAGUUCCCCAUGUCACCAUUACACCAGCAUCUGAACAAAAGCAUCAAAAAUUCACGUCAGAAGCAACAAAAGUGAUCACUGAGAUUGAAGAGUUGCCAGGAGAGGACAUGAAGCCUGAUGAAAAGAUGCCAGCAACUGACAAAACCACAGUAACAGAGAAAGAUAUUGAGGAACAAAGAGCAUUCACAGAUAUUGAGAGUUCAGGUGAAGGAAUAUUUACCAUCAAAGAAGCAGUCAGGCCAGUUCCAGAUGUUUCUACUUUAGAAAUGAGCAGCCAUGUAGUCCCAGUGACGAGCAAAAUUUCUUUGGAUGAGAAAACUCUCCACACCGAUGUCACAGCUGCACGUGAUAGAAUAUUCACACCAGGAUUACCAGAGACUAAAACGGAGAUGGGAAAAUUAGUGGUAACAGAACAUACAGAACUGGCAGAUAAAUCACCAACAACAAUUCUGGUUAGUGAGAAGGAAACUAUUGAAACAUUAAUUUCAGUGUCAACACAUUCAAUGGAUGUGAGAGUUCCCUAUGUCACCGUUACCCCAGCAAUUGAACAAAAGUCUCAAGAAUCCACAUCAGAAGCAACAAAAAUGAUCACAGAGAUUGAAAAGCUUCCAGGAGAGGAUAUGGAGCCUUCUGAAAAACCCCCAGCAGUCGAUGAAACCACAAAAAUUGAGAAAGAUUUGCGGGAGCAAACAGCGUUCACAGAUAUUGAGAGUUCUGGUGAAGAAAUAUUUACCAUCAAAGAAGCAGUCAGGCCAGUUCCAGAUGUUUCUACUUUAGAUAUAAGCAGCCAUGUAGUCCCAGUGACGAGCAAAAUUUCUUUGGAUGGGGAAACUCUCCAUACCGAUGUCACAGCUGCACGUGAUAGAGAGGCUGGAACAUUCAGACCUGGAUUACCAGAGUCAAAAACAGAGAUGGGAAAAUUGAUGGUAACAGUACAUACAGAACCGGCAGAUAAAUCGCCAGCAACAAUUUUGGUUAGUGAGAAGGAAACUGUUGAUACAUUAGUCUCAGCCACAACACAAACAAUGGAUGUGAGAGCUCCCCAUGUCACUGUUACACCAGCAACUGAGCAAAAGCAUCAAAAAUUCACAUCCGAAGCAACAAAAGUGAUCACAACAGAGAUAGAAAAACGACCAGGAAAACUCUUGGUGAAGCCUUCUGACAAAUAUCCAGCAAUUGAGAAAUCUACAAAAACACAGAAAGAGUUGAAGGACACAACACUUUCUGUAGAUAUAGAGAGUUCUGGUGAAGAAAUAUUUACCAUCCAAGAACCAGCCAGGCCAGUUCCAGAUGUUUCUACAUUAGAUAUCAGCAGCCAUGUAAUUACAGUGACGAGCAAAAUCCCACUGGAUGGGAUACCUCUUCAUACAGAUGUUAUAGUUGCACAUGAUGGAGAAGCUGGAUUAUCCACAACAGGAUUACCGGAGACAAAAGCAGCAACAGAAAAAUUGUCAGUAAAAGAAUCUACACAACUGGCAGAUAAAUCUUCAGCUACAAUUUUAAUUGAUGAAAAGAAAACUGUUGAUACUUUAGAUUCAGUCACAAGAAAAACAAUGGAGGACACAACACUUUUCACAGAUAUUGAGAGUUCUGGUGAAGAAAAAUUUACCAUCCAAGAACCAGCCAGACCAAUUUCAGAUGUUUCUACUUUAGAUAUGAGCAGCCAUGUAAUUACAGUGACGAGCAAAAUCUCACUGGAUGGGAAGCCUCUUCAUACAGAUGUUACAGCUGCACAUGAUGGAGAAGCUGGAUUAUCCACAACAGGAUUACCGGAGACCAAACCAGCAACAGAAAAAUUGUCAGUAAAAGAAUCUACACAACUGACAGAUAAAUCUUCAGCUACAAUUUUAAUUGACGAGAAGGAAACUUUUGAUACCUUAGUUUCAGUCACAAGAAAAACAACGGACGUGAGAGUUCCCCAUGUCACCAUUACACCAGCAAUUGAACAAAAUUCUCAAGAGUUCACAUCCAAAGCAACAAAAGUGAUCACAACAGAGAUAAAAAAACGACCAGGAAUAAUCUCGGUGAAGCCUUCUGACAAAUAUCCAGCAAUUGAGAAAACCACAAAAACACAGAAAGAGUUGGAGGACACAACACUUUUUGUAGAUAUGGAGAGUUCUGGUGAAGAAAUAUUUACCAUCCAAGAACCAGCCAGGCCACUUCCAGAUGUUUCUACUUCAACCAGCCAUGUAGCUCCAGUGACGAUCAAAACAACUUUGGAUGAGGAAACUCUCCACGCUAUUACAGCUGGACAUGCUGAAGAGUCUGGUAUAGCCACAUCUCGAUUACUGGCGACAAAAGCUGAAACAGAAAAAUUGUCAGUAGAAGAAUCUACACAACCAGCAGAUAAACCUUUAGCUACAAUUGUAAUUGAUGAGAAGAAAACUGUUGAUACAUUAGUUUCAGUCACAACAAAAACAAUGGAUGUGAGAGUUUCCCAUGUCACCAUUACACCAGCAUCUGAACAAAAUUCUCAAGAAUUCACAUCAGAAGCAGCAAAAGUGAUCACUGAGAUUGAAGAGCUGCCAGGAAAGGAUAUGGAACCUUCUGAAAAAUCCCCAACAAUCGAUGCAGCGACAAAAACGGAGAAAGAUUUGCAGGAACAAACAGCAUUCACAGAUAUUGAGAGUUCAGGUGAAGGAACGUUUACCAAUAACGAACCUAUGCAAGUAAUUCCAGAUGUUUCUACUUUAGAAAUGAGCAGCCAUGUAGUCCCAGUGACGAGCAAAAUUUCUUUAGAUGAAGAAACUCUCCAAACCAAUGUCACAGCUGCACCUGAUAGAAAGGCUGGAAUAUUCAUACCAGGAUUACCAGAAACAAAAACAGAGAUGGGAAUAUUGAUGGUAACAGUACAUACAGAACCUGCAGACAGAAUCCCAGCAACAAUUUCGGUUAGUGAGAAGGAAACUGUUGAUACAUUAGUCUCAGUCACAACAAAAACCAUGGAUGCGAGAAUUCCCCAUAUCACUGUUACACCAGCAAUUGAAGAAAAGUCUCCUGAAUUCACAUCAGAAUUAACUAAAACAGUCACUGGGAUGGAUGGGCUGCCUGGAGAUGGAUUCAUGAAGCCUUCAGGGAUUUCUCCAGGAAUUGAAGAAACCACAAAAACAGCGAAAGUUGCACAUAAACAACCCCCUGUUGCUGAUGAAGAGGGUUCUGGUGAACAAGUUGAACAAGACCAUACUUUGCUAUCUGUUUAUCCUGGAGAUGGUGGAGGCAGUGAAAGGGAAGAAGACUUAAGUGAGAUGGAAAGUGACAGUACAAUGCAGAUAAGUGAAGAAACUGUGGAAGUAGGCUUAAACACAACUGUUUCAUUAAUUGAGCAGGAAAGCUCUGGUGAAGGUAUUCAUAGAAUACUUUCCCAGCAAGAAGCAGAAGUUCAGCCAAUUACUGUGGCUGCACAUCAGGAAAGAACUGAGAUGUCCACAUCCAAAGCACUAGAGAUAAUUGAGGCUACUAGUGAACCACGAUCAAAACCAUCUGUAGAAUACCAUAGGCAGUCAUCAACUUCCAGGGAACCAUUUAUAUAUGUUACUGAAGGAAGCAAACAAACAGUUGUUCCUUUUACAGAAGAAGAAAGUUCUGGUGAAUUUACAAAGAUUGAACUUGGCAUUAAGUUAUCUACUACUGUUUCUGCUCAGUCUAGUGAAGUAUCCUUAGCGAAAGAACCUAAAUUAUUUGUUAGUAGCGCACAUUUAAAGGAAAUGUCACCGGUAACUACUGGAACUCCUGUUUCAAUUGAAAGAGGAAAGGAUAAAUUUCAACCUAAGUUGGUUGAUAGCCCAAGCAUCCAAGCAGGUGACAAAACAAAUUAUACACAACAAAUAAUUUCUAGCACUGCAAGCAGUCAAGUGGAUCAUAAAAAAAUUCAAACCUUGCCAAAAACUGUUAAAGCAGAGCUGAAUGAAACCCAAGAGGGAACUGUAAAACCUUACGACAGGACAGCAGGAAACAUGACCGUUGUGCUUGAUGGAGGAGAUGACCAACUGCCAGAAGAUAAAAUUACAGGUAGCUCUCUGGCACCUCAAAAUAUUAGUGUAAUUUAUGUUAGUGGUAAGGAAAACGGAAUAGAUAUUAAAAAAGAACAGAAAUUUGGAGCUACUACUGUAUCAGACUUUAUAAUUGAUGUUGACAAGGAAUUAAGUGUGUCUCCAACUUAUUUGCCAACUGAUAAUGCUACAAAAAGAUUAGAAAUUGCACAAACUGAGGCAGUGAAGUACAUUGCCACUGGCAUCUUGACUGACGAAGAGACUGGAAUUGAUGGCUCUGGAGAUCUGUCUUCACCUCUAAUCACAGUAACACCAGAGCAGAAAGGAAUAACCAAUACAGCUGGCACAACAGUUUCCUUGGAUAAAAUUGGAAAAGAUAUGUCCGAACCACAGUUAGAGAAGGACAUAUUACCAUUAUUUAUGACCACAAUCAUACCUCAACAUGUUGCAGACACCUCUCUAGAAACUGUAUCUAUCUCACCCAAUGAAGACACCAAGAAGCCUGUGUCACGAAUAAUUCCAGGUAAAGAAGAGGGUGACAUAUACACAUUCACUGUGCAGGCUUCUUUAAAGGAUGCAGAUGGCCCAAGCACAUUUUCAGAAAAAUCAAUUACAUAUCAAAUGGUCAAUGGUUCAAAGGCCCAUGCAAGUGGAGGAUACAUUCAUCCUAUGACAGAACAUAAGGAAAUUGAAGGCUCGCCAGCUUCCAGUUUAUUGGAAGGGGAAUUUUCUGGCGAAUAUUUUGUAAGUACUGAAGGUAAACCAUUUACCCACUUACUGGAUAAGGCUGCCCCUUCCACACAGACUUCAUCUCAACUUGGUGUUAAAACAACGAACACUGUGAGUUUACCAACAAAAGAAACUUUUGUGUAUUCUUCUGAAGAGCAUGCUCUGACUUUGAAAAAACUGUCUACAGAACAUGCUUAUGUAUCUACUAAUAACUUUACUUUCCCAUCUGCACAAGUUACAACAAAUGCAGAAGAAGGUUUAUCAAUUGAAUUGCCUGAAAAGAAGCAUGAUGAAGAAUUGGUGACAACAGCGAUAAUGGAACAAACAACACACGGAAUUCAAUUGGAAGAACUGGAAAGUUUGCCUUCACCAGCGAUCUUUGACAAUGUUCCCACAAAAGAGAUUGAAACAAAUCAGAUAAUUAUACAGCCAACCAUUAGUCACAAAGAGUUUUCACAGACAAUGGGCUACAGGACUGAGCCUACUGCAUCAUCUUUGUUAGACCUCAGUUUGAAAUUACAGCGAGUAGAAAGUCCUGCAACUCCCUCAGUUCCCACCAAAAUGUUGGAAAAGGAGUCAUCUGUGUCACAAACAAUUGCUUACCCAAGCACAGUGGGGAAAAUUGCUUUACAUGAUAUUGAAGGAUAUGUUACAGAACACUUUAUAGGAACUAUGCUGCCACCAGAUCCACACACUGCCCAACCUGGAGAAGUAGAAGCUUCACCAGCGCAAAAUAAUUAUGUUGAAAUUUCUAAAGAGACUGUAGUCAGUGCUACAUCAUUAUGGCCAUCCACAGAACAAAAGGUUAAAAAGGAUAUUGCCGAACCUGUCAGAGUUACAACAGUAUCAUCCUCUUUACAUGAGAGCACUUCACAGGAUCUGGGCUUAUUUGUUGAGCAAGAUUUCAAAGGUAUAACAGUAGUGUCAUUUCAGAUGGUCACAGAAUUAAAAGAGUUCAAGACAUCCCCUUCAAUACCUACUUUGCCUUUUGUAGAACAAUCUCUAACAAGUGGCACUGACAUUCACAAAGACGUUCCUUCACCGUCACCACUUGACAGACCAGAAGACUGGAGAUCCACACAAACACCUCAACUAUUGAUAAAGAGUACUGAUGAUUCUGGUAAAAUUAUCUUUGAUUUGGUAGAAACUGACAACAAAACUACUGAAACAACACUGGCAAUGACAGCUCGCUCGAAGACCACCUCUGAAAUUGAGUCUUGGGAACAUAGUAACACGAGCGAACCAAUAAUUACUGGUGAGCCAGAGGAUGGUGAGACUGUUCAUGUACCAGCUGUAAUACCAGAAGUUAACCCAUGUGAGGAAUACCCUUGCCAACAUGGAGGCAGUUGUUACCCACGAGAAACUAGUUAUAUAUGCACCUGUUUGCCAGGAUACACUGGGGAGCACUGUGAAAUAGAUAUUGAUGAAUGCCAAUCUAAUCCUUGCCGCAAUGGAGCCACGUGUAUUGACGGUGCCAACUGUUUUAGUUGUAUCUGCUUACCAAGCUAUGGCGGUGCUCUGUGUGAACAAGAUACGGAGGUCUGUGAUUUUGGCUGGCACAAAUUCCAAGGACAUUGCUAUAAAUACUUCGGCCACCGACGAGCUUGGGAAGAUGCAGAAAAGGAAUGUCGCCUGCAGGGUGCUCACCUGUCCAGCAUCCUCACACAUGAGGAGCAACUUUUUGUGAACCGUAUUGGCCAGGACUACCAAUGGAUUGGCCUAAAUGACAAAAUGUUUGAACAUGAUUUCCGUUGGACUGAUGGAAGCCCUCUGCAAUAUGAAAAUUGGCGUCCGCACCAGCCCGACAGUUUCUUUUCUUCUGGAGAAGACUGUGUUGUUAUGAUCUGGCAUGAGGACGGCCAGUGGAAUGAUGUUCCAUGUAACUACCACCUUACCUACACGUGUAAGAAGGGCACAGUUGCCUGCGGUCAACCUCCUGUUGUGAAAAAUGCUAGAACGUUUGGAAAGAUGAAGCCUCGAUAUGAAAUAAAUUCUAUGAUCAGAUACCACUGCAGUGCCGGCUUCAUCCAACGCCACUUUCCAAUCAUUAAGUGUCGAACCAAUGGAUACUGGGAUAAACCAAAAGUUGCCUGCUUAACACCUUCCACAUAUCAACGAAACUCUCGAAGGUAUAUUCAUGGAUUGUACCGAAAAGGAAUGAAAAGCUCACAAGACCCCAUUAGGCACCAUCAUCGCUGGAUCAGGAAAUUCCAUUCAGGGCACUGACCAUACCACUGAAUGAGCCUGGAUGAUUAAUUGUCUGAUUCAAAAACAUUCAACACUCCGUUCCUCAAUCGAUCUUUCACUUCUACAGCUACAAGACCCCUGCGUAUUGUAUUUCUAAGGAUGCAAGGUGGGAUCAAGCCCAGAGACUGCAUUGUGAAGCUGCUCUUUAACUCACCUGGAACAAGCAAUCAGAAUAGCAAGUGCAAAAGGACGCUACAUGACCUACCCAAAAGCCAUUUGGUUCUUUCUGAGGUCAAAGUGCUAAUAUAUUAACUUUGUCAGAUAUGGCAGCUUUUUGCAGCCCUCACUAACCACACUACAAUAUGGAGCUGCCUUUUUCUAAGGGUGAAUAUAAACCUACUUUUUUUUGUAAAAAAAAACAAAAAAAAUAAAUUAAUUUUUGUAUAUAUAA